AUGGAGCUGACCACGAUACUACUGCUAAUUGUAUCUGGAUGGACAAUUUGCCUGGCUUUACCUGUGCAGGUAUGAAUAUAUAUACAGAGAUAGAGAGGGUUUGGUUAGUUUAGAAAUGCCACACUGUUACCUUGUCCAAUGUGGGCCACAUUAAUGUGUAUUUAUUUUCCCACAGGUUGACCUUGAAUUACAUAGAGGUAAGUAUUACAUUACUACCUAGACCUGUACAGUUAAUUAUUGAUAGGAUGCAUGUUAGUUCCUGAUGUUGAGAUCCUUCAUGAUUCUUUUUGUAAGGUCAGGCAAAAUUAUCAUUUCCCCCUGUUAAUUAAGUGAGAGAUUUCAGAUCACAUUGUAAAUUAACAGUGAAUUUUGGUGUUUACGGUUUUUUGUGUUUUAAACAUGACUGUGUAAAAUCUUUCCUUGCUUCACUAGAACCCAUCAAUGACAAUCUACUUCCUGAGAUUAAAACGGUGUUCGAACUAAUAGAAGAGGCAAACAAAGGUGAGAUUUACAGAAGUACUCCAAAAGCCAGAGGUUAUCUGACUAUCUGUUUUUAUGUGAAAAUUAUCCUGCUUAUCACGGUAAUGUGUUAAAGACAAUUGUAUCUCACAAGUAUUACACCAUAAUACCGUUGCGAUUGUUGGUUUUCAUGUGUAGUGGAAUUUGUGUGUGAUUGAUCUAAUUUGUUUUAAAAAUCACUGAAACAUAAGUGCAUGCAUUUUAUUAGUAUUUACUUUCUCUCUUCCAUAGAAUACACCUGUUUUAUUUUACAUGAAAUUAUUUAAGUUUAUUGAAAUGUGCAUGGUAAAUAUAUUAUUUUAUUGUACUAUUAUAAACAUAUUAUGUAUACUUGGAAUCUUGGAAAGAAAUAUCAUUUUGGUAAUUUGGAUAUUAAGUAAUGCAUCAAGUCAACAUUCCUUUUGAAAAAAACAUCAUAAUUCUUGCAUUAUUUUGCUAUACAGUAUUUGUAGGAAAAUAACAUUGCAUCACAUUUAAUAUUAAUAUAUCUAUUUAAGUGCCAGUGAGUCUCACAAAUCUCCAAUUUAGACUUCAAUUUAACAUUUUUGGAUAAGUUUUUCAAAUGAUUAAAUUUUUUUGGAUAAACUUGUACAAUUAGUUUUUCAAAAUAUUAAAAAAUCAGCAACUUGUGAAUUCAUUUUUGAAUGAACAUGAAAAUGAAAGAAAAUUACAGUUUUCAUUCAUUUUAUUCGAAAUUGAAUUUAAAAUAAGAGAAGACUAAAAAAACUGAAUUAACAAAUGAGUCACCUAAUAAAUUUCAGUUCGCCAUCAUUUGUUCAAUCAGUCAUUUGUAUAAGGCUGAACAAGGGAGUGUUUAAACUACCGCAUGUGCUCACUUGCGAUGCUGUGAUUGAAGGUAUGUCUGCAUAACAGAGACCUAUCUGUUCCUCCACCCAUGGGUAUCAGCUGGGGCUUUAAAUUAAAGAACAGGGGGUGGACAAUAUGUCUAUCCCAUUUCCCUUCACAGUGGGUCCCUAUUACGGGAUGAAUAAUACAGGGUAGACAUAAUGUCACCAGCAUGCUCCCAACUUUGGUCAUCAAGUGGAGGCUAAAUUCUAUAACACAGGUAUAGGGACUUUACUCUCCCUUAUGCCACCACAACUGGGCAGCAGGUGGGGGCUAGUUAAUAACAGGGGGUAAUUAAAUAAUAAUAAUGAUGGGGAUAUUUAAUUAAUAAUGGGAGUAAAUAAUAACAAGUAAUGUCCCCCCUAGCCCCUACCCCUAGGUGGUGAGGAGAGCUAAUUAAUUAUUCCGUGCUCAUUUAAUGUUUCACCUAUGUAUGCAAAGUCAAUUGGCCAACAAUCCUUCCCUAAUCUCCUCUGACCUGUUAAGCCACAUGCUAGACAGUCCUUAGCUAAUUUAUCAAUGUGUGUAUCUACAUAUAAAUACAUUGUAUGUAAGGGCCAACAAUAAGUUAAGGUGUGAUAAAAUAUUCACCAAGGAUGGAGUAAUCUAAGUAUAUCACUGUCUAAACAACUAUAUGUACAUAAUUUAAACUGUGUGGAUAUUCCCCAUAGAGACAUUAACCACAUAAGGGUCACAUGACAUCUAUGCAAUCAUGCAGUGCAGGGUUUUAACCCCUUCCCGACCGAGGACGGUUCAGGACCGUCAUCGGCAUUUUUGGCUUGCCGACCGAUGACGGUCCUGAACCGUCCUAACGGUCUCCGUUACUUACCUGAUCGCCGUCGUUCCCCCGGCGGCGAUCAGCGUGGCUCCGGUUGUGGGGAGACUGCCUGCAGCCCAGACAGUCUCCCCACACUGAAUUAGGACCCCUGGGGCCAUGUGAUCGCUCAACACAGCGAUCACAUGGUCACAAUAGGUGUCCUAGUGUCUGUCUGCAGGGGGACUGUCUGUGCUGACAGGCAGUCUCCCUGCUAGUGUAAAAUCAUUAAAAAAAAUAAAGUUAGUGUUAAUAAAAAAAAAUAAUAAUAAUUAUAUGUGUAUAUAUGAUAUAUAGACAUAUAUUAUAUCUAUAUAAUAUAUGUCUAUAUAUCAUAUAUAUAAUGCCAUACUAAGUGUAUUUCUAUAUUAAUAUGUACUUAUAUUAAUAUAAAAAUACACUUAUAAUUAAAUUACACAUGUAUAUAUAAUAACUAUAUAUAUUGUGUAUAUAUAUAUUAUUAUAAAAUAUAAAUAAUAAGUAAUUUAAAUUAAAUAAUUUUUUUUCAAAUAAUAAAAAUUUAAAAAAAAAUUAUAUCUAUAUGAAAUUUUAUUCUAACUGUAUUUUAAAAUUAAUAUAUAUAUAUUUAUAUCAAAAUACACUUAGAAUGAAUUUGUAUAUAUAUCUAUGUAUAUAAAUAAAUAAAAAUAAUAGAAAUAUACAUAUGUCCAUAUACAAAAUUACAUAAAUAAUUAUAUAAAUAUACACGUAGACUUAAACUAUAUAAAUAUGCAUAUAUAUUUAAAUUCUACGUGCAUAUUUAUGUAAUAUUUUUACAUAAUUCAGUAAUUUUAUUGAUUACAAUUUGAGGGACCUGCCUGCCAACCCAGGCCGAAAUUCCAGAGAAUUUAAUUUGCUAGCAUUGUAUUUUACCCUGUAACGUUCUACAACACUCUAAAACCUGUACAUGGGGGGUACUGUUUUACUCGGGAGACUUCGCUGAACACAAAUAUUAGUGAUUCAAAACAGUAAAACAUAUCACAGCGAUGAUAUUGUCAGUGAAAGUUACUUUUUUUGCAUUUUUCACACACAAACAGCACUUUUACUGAUGAUAUAAAUGUUGUGAUACGUUUUCCAGUUUUUAAACACUAAUAUUUGUGUUCAGCGAUGUCUCCCGAGUAAAACAGUACCCCCCAUGUACAGGUUUUAUAGCAUUUUUGAAAGUUACAAGGUCAAAUAUAUGGGUCAAAUAUUUUUACAUUGAAAAUGGCCAGGUUGGUUAAGUUGCCUUUGAGAGCGUAUGGUAGACCAGGAAUGAGAAAUACCCCCAUGAUGGCAUACCAUUUGCAAAAGAAGACAACCCAAGGUAUUGCAAAUGGGGUAUGUCCAGUCUUUUUUAGUAACCACUUGGUCACAAACACUGGCCAAAAUUAGCGUUCAAUUUAGUUUUUUUACUUUUUUCACACACAAACAAAUAUGAAUGCUUACUUUGGCCAGUGUUUUCGACUAAGUGGCUACUAAAAAAGACUGGACAUACCCCAUAUUGAAUACCCUGGGUUGUCUACUUUAAAAAAAAUAUGUACAUGUGGGGUGUUAUUCAGAGAUUUAUGACAGAUAAUAGUGUUACAAUGUCACUAUUGAUAAAUUUUAAAAAUGUAUGUUUUGAAACCGCAAUAUCCUACUUGUACCUAUAGCCCUAUAACAUGCAAAAAAAAGCAAAAAAGCACGUAAACACUAGGUAUUUUUAAACUCAGGACAAAAUUUUGAAUCUAUUUAGCAGUUUUUUUCAUUUGCUUUUGUAGAUGAGUAAAAGAUUUUUCAAGUAAAAGUCAAAAAACAUGUAUUUUUUCCAAUUUUUCAUCUUUUUUUUAUUUUUUUUAAAUUAAAAUACAUGAGAUUAUAUAAAUAAUGGUAUGUAAAGAAAGCCCCUUUUGUCCUGAGAAAAACAAUAUAUAAUUUGUAUGGGAACAGUAAAUGAGAAAGCGGAAAAUUACAGCCAAACACAAACACCACAAAAGUGUAAAAAUAUGCCUGGUCGCAAAUGUACAACAUCGCAAAAACAGUCCAGUCCUUAAGGGGUUAAUGCACCUUGGUGGCGUAGACCAUGAGGUACCAGCAAUGGUUAAUUCCCUGCAGGUAUCAAGGAACACCAUGUAUGUUUUGAUACCUGGGGUCCCCUCUGUCAGCUGGAGCCACAGUUAGUUGCCCCAGACUGACAGAUGAGCUGCAUGCAGUGCUGAAAUUGAGCACUUUACAUAAUCUUUUACAUCCUUUCAAAUACUACACAUAAGCAAUCAAUCCAUCUCAUGUUGCAAUCACAUCAUAGUGCUCACAGUUACCUGUAUAUUGUACGAGCUAGAAAAUCCCUCUUCUGAUGUCAGUACUGACAUCAUCAGAGAUAAUCCCUCAGAGUUAGAAUAAAGUAGUGGGGUUAGGUGGUGGAAUUAUUACUGGGAUUAGAGGGUGGAAUUAGGACUUGGAUUAUAUAUAGGAUUAUGAGUAGGAUUGUGGGUAGAGUUAGGGGUUGGAGAAUGAUUGGGAUUAGAGGUUAGAUUAUGGGUUGGUUUAGGGGUUAUAUUAGUUGUAGGAAAAGAGAUUAAAUUAUGGGUUGGAUUAUGGGUUGGAUUAAAGAUUGGAUUAAGGGUUGGAAUAAAGGUUGGAUUAAGGUUUGAGUUAAGAUUGGGCUCGAGAUUAAGGGUUAGAUUAGGGUUAAUUUCUAGUCUUGGAUUAGGGUCAAGAUUAGGAUUAGGAUGAAGGGCAUGAUUCCGAGAAAAAGAAUACAUGUGGAGUUUCAUUGUACUUGAGAACAAUAGUAGAAUACAAAUACUGGUUGUGUGCAAUAGGAAGACAUACAUUGUCUGCAAAAAAAACCCACUUAACUAAUUUAACUAAGUUUGUGAUAAAAUGGUUACAUGAAAAGUGUCAAAAUGCUCUUAGUUUAAUAGUCUGGGGGAUGUUCUUUCUACAAAUAUAUUCACUUGUUUAGUGGUUUUGUAUUCGGUGACUACUAUAAAAGCUGCAAUCUCAUCAGGUUAAAUUUUGCAAACGUUUAGUAUUAAAACUGUAAUUCAAUCCUUGCAGUAUUUGUUUUACCUUCUAAAAAAUAAUUGAAAUCUUAGACAUGUUGGGCAUUUUAACAACCAGGACUAGUUAGUGAAUCUAUUUUGAGUUAGAUUUCUUUACCUGCAUUUGGUAUGUAAAAAUUAUUAAAUGUAAAGCUAAGAAAAAUGCAUUUUAUCUAAUGUGCUUUCCAUUGUUAAAAUUAGUUUAUUGUUAUUAAUUAUUUCAUUAUGGAUCAAAAGAACCUUCUAUUCACAUAUGUAUAUGUGCACCUAAACAGAAAGAGAGAAAUUGUGGUAGAAUGCAUGCAUGGUAAAAGACUCAAAAAUCCCUUGGAUUUGUUUGGUUUUUACUAUUAUCAUAACAUUUCAUCCUAAAUCCUUUCCUUCAUAAAAUAAAUUUACAAAGCUCAUCUCAAAAAAUUGUCGCAUUAUAACUCCAGGUAUCAGUAAGCCACUUGUCCAUGGAGACAUUGCAAUUAAUACUGGUCGGAGUGUGAAGAAUUGCUAUGACUGCUUCUGGCCAGCAUCUCAGAAUGGAGUGGUUCCUGUCCCUUAUGUUAUUUCCUCAGCAUACUGUAAGUUGUUCCCAACGUUGUCAUGUUUGCUAAAAAUAUUUUCAAGUUUAUAACAAAAUGUGACUUGUUUCUUCUCUCCCCAGCUAAUAUUCAGAUAUGGCUUAUUAAUGAGGCCAUGAGACAGAUUGAACUAAUGACCUGUAUAAACUUUGUUCAGAGAACAUUAGAAUGGGACUAUCUCAGUAUAGAGUCUGGAAAUGGGUGAGUUUAAGCACAUGGUAGACUGGUAAGAACGUAUUAAUAGAUACUACAGCCUGAAAACACCAAACAGAGUAAAGUUUGGUUUGGCACAUUUGGUAUGGGCAGUACAAAUUCAAUAGCUCAGUAUGUUAUCAAUGGCAUGGAAUAUGAAAGAUAAUGAAGAUAUGAAAUUUAGCUCACAUAUUCUUUUUUUAUUUUAUUUGUUACAAUGCAUAUGCAUUAAUUGACAUUCUUUAAUUAAUUUCUCUACAUAAAUACUUAGGUGCUGGUCAAAUGUAGCAAGGCAAGGUGGCAAACAGAUCAUCAGCCUUGACAAGUCCGGCUGCCUUGGCUCAGGAGUAAUCCAGCAUGAACUGAUGCACUCACUGGGAUUUUACCAUGAGCAUAGCAGGAACGACAGAGAUAAUUACAUUGUUAUCAGGUGGCAGUACAUCGAUGAAGGUGUGUAAUUUAAAAAUAUAUGCAAAACCAAAACUCAGGGCAAAUCAAACAAUAGAGUGUUCCUAAAACAAUGACUAGCGGGGAGAGGUUGGCUGAGAAAUCUAUUCACCUAGUAAAUAUCCUGUAAAAAAAAAAAAAGUUCAACAAUAUCCUUGUAAGAUAAAUGAUAACUGUCCUAUUUUUUGCAAAUUUAUUUAAUUACAGCUGACAAGUACAACUUUAAGACAGAGGACACCAACAAUCUAGGCCUUCCAUAUGAUUAUAAUUCAGUCAUGCAUUACCAAAAGUGAGUACAUUUUUUGAACAAGAACAACUUUUUCUACUAUUGUAAUGAAAUUGUCUUUCCUCUUGGCUAAUAAAAGAUAUGCCUCUCUCUACAGUACCGCUUUCACUAACACCACUGGUCAAACUACUAUAGUCGCAAAAGGUGACCCUUCUUUUCCACUUGGACAGGCACUAGGGAUGAGUCACCUGGAUGUGAUCAAACUUAACAAACUCUAUAAUUGCAGUAAGCAUUUAUUUAUUUAUAAAAUAUUUUACCAGGAAAGAUACAUUGAGAUUUCUCUCGUUUUCAAGUAUGUCCUGGGUAUAACAACCGCAUUUACACCUUUGUUCACCUUACUAAAUACGUUACCUUGGAUAUCCUUAACUUAUAGUUGUAUGUCUGAUGAAUGUGACAUGGAUGUUUUAUCAUUUUCCAGAAUUAUGGAUCAGAAUUGUUUUUAAAAAUAAUCUUUCUGUUUCCUUAGAUGUCUGUCGUGUGAAACUAACGGAUCAAUCUGGGUCUUUCUCAAGUGAUGAUGUCUCAUUUGGACAAGAUGGGACAUGCCUGUGGUUAAUUCAAACUGAGAGUUUUAAAAUGGUUGGUAUAAAACAUAUGGGAUAAAACAUAAUUUGGUUUUUACAAGUAAUAUUAUUACAUAUAAUUACAUUCUGUCAGAUCAAAAGUUAAUAUCCCUGCUUAUUUUAACUAUUGCAAUAUUGUUAUAGACUGACAUGCAUAUAUAACACAUUUAUAAAAUAAAUAACUGUUUCAUAUUGUCAUGUACCCAUGAAAAUAAAUCCACCUAAAGUAACUAUAUACUACAUUUUCAAUCCUUCAAUUAUCUGGUUUAUGUAUUACUGAACUUUACAGAUCCAUGUCAGACUAUAAUCGUAUUAAUGAGUCCCUCUUCCAGAUCUGAAACUAUAUUUUUUGUUAAGAUAUUUCCAAUGUUCUGUACUGACAUGUUCCAUAAUCACAACCCUCACAAUGUGAUCUCCUGUUUUCAGGUUCAUUUUCAGCUCAGUGACGUUAAUAUCCCUACUUCAGGUCAAUGUUCUGGCAGUUAUAUAAAGGUUUAUAAUGGAAACUCUAAAAAGGACAAUGUUCUCUUGGACAAGACUUGUGGAAAUGGAAUAAUCCCACCUCUUGUUUCAAGCGGGAAUAGCAUGCUAAUAGAAUUUGUGAGCAAUCAGGCACCACAUCUUAGCACAUUUAGAGGUGUCUAUAAGACAGGUAAGUUCCACCUUUAUGUAACACAAAUACAGCAAUCACAAAGUCUUAUAAAUGUCCUUUGUAUUAAUUUAUAAAUGUAAUGUUAUUUAAUAUAAAUGAAACCAAUUUUAGAAAAUGUAUGAGAACUCAUGUUUUAAAUAUUACUAUAUAUCUAGUUUUGUAAACAUUACAAUUAAUCUCACAGAUAGGGUGGAUUAUACAUUAAUAUGCAUUUUGUGAAUGAAGGUUUAGUUUUUAAUUGCUUACUUUUGAAGAUGAAUUGAAGGUGACCUUCAAUGCACCUUAACAUCUUGUUACAAAUGCCUACAAAUGCUCUACAAAUGCUGGCAGUUUAGGGAAUAAGAUCCAUGAACUUGUGAUAAUGACAACUGAUAAUGUAGAUUUAGUUGCUGUUACUGAGACAUGGUAUAAUGAGAAAUGACUGGGACAUAGCAAUACCAGGGUACUCUUUAUAUAGCAAAGACAGGGAAGGCAAGAAAGAGGGAGGGGCGGCCCUGUAUAUGAAGGAUAGCAUAAAAUCUAGCCUAAAUAAAGUUAGUAAGGCGAACACAGAGUCAGUUUGGGUUACUUUAGAAUUUAGUAAUCACACAGUAACUCGUGUAGGUGUGAUUUAUAGGCCCCCAGGACAAAUAGAAGAGUUAGAUAAUCUACUAGUUUGGGAAAUAGCUAAAAUGACAAUGAAGGGGGAAGUUGUCAUCAUGCGUGACUUUAAUCUUCCAAAAUAGCCAGGAGCACACAUAUUCUAAACUUACUACUGGGAUUGUCUCUAAAAAAAGUCAUUGUGGAGCCAACUCGUAAAGAGGCCAUAACAGAUUUAGUGUUCACAAAGGGAGAUUUAGUAUCAGAUAUUACUGUAGGUGUAAGUUUAGGAUCCAGUGAUCAUCAGUCAGUGUGGUUUAAUGUAAGAACAGUGACUGAGUCACACCACACAAGAACAAAAGUUUUAGACUUUAGGAAAACAGACUUUUCUAAAAUCAGAUUUUGUUUAAAGGAGUCAUUAUCAGACUGAAGCAAUUUAAAUGGAGUACAAGAUAAAUGGGAUUAUUUAAAAUUUGCACUGCUGAAGGCAACAGAAAAUUGCAUUAGGCUUGUCAGUAAAAAAAAAAAAUUCAAGAAACCACUGUGUUACUCUGCAGAUGUGGCCAAAAUAGUAAAAAACAAAAAGUUAGCAUUAAGUAAUUAUAAAAAAAACAGAGUGAGGAAGACAGAAUGAAAUAUAAGAUUAGGCAGAAAGAGGCUAAGCAAGUUAUCAGAGCUUCCAAAUCACACACAGAAGAGAAAAUAGCACAGUCAGUAAAAAAGGGGAUAAAACAUUUUUUUAGAUACAUAAAUGAGAAAAGGGAAAAAAAAGCAAGGAUUAGUCAGAUUAAAAACAAAAGAAGGAAGGUAUUUAGAAGAGGAUAAAGGUCUAGCUGACUGCCUCAAUUAAUAUUUUUGUUCAGUAUUUACAGAUGAAAAUUAAGGGAAGGGGCUUCAGUUAGGAAAAAGGACAAAUGAGUCAUUUGUUACAUGUGAGUUUACAGAGAAAGAGGUUCUAUUUCAACUGUCAAAAGUAAAGACAAAUAAGUCAAUGGGACCUGAUGGAAUACACCCAAAGUUAUUAAAAGAGCUUAGUAGUGUACCUUUAAAAAACAUACAUAUUACAAAUUAAAGGAUAAUUCAGUUACUAAUAAGAAAACAUUGAAGUAGAACAUGUACUAAUUGAAAAACAUUGUGUUUUGGUCACUACAGCACAAUAUUAGGUGUAUCGCUGUUCUCCAUUAAUACACAUACGUCUGUUGCAUAUAUAGUUAAUUCUACCUUUUGGGGGGAAAGUUAUGCACCUGUGCAUAGACAGAUUUGAAAAUCACUUUGUAACAGUUAAAUAGAAUAUUGUGCUUUAUUAAAUUAUAUUUAUUUACCCACAGUUUCCUAUGGAGGAACUUUAACCAGCCCUUUUGGAAUAAUCUUCUCUCCAUCCUAUGGCAAGGCAUAUCCCAACGAUAUAGAUGCUGAAUGGUCUAUUAUAGCUCCACCAAAGUCUAAAGUAAGGUCAACCAGGGUACAACAAUGUGUCAAUACAAAUUAGGUUGAAGUAAAAUGUUUUUUGUCGAAAACAUACAUAUCAUGCAAGUUUUAUUUGUUUUUAUUUUAUGUCUUAUAUAGUAUCAGUGUAAAAAAAAUGAAGCAAUAAGAAGAAACUAUUGCAUGAAAAAUAAUUAAGCUAGUAGUAUGACAAUAAAGAACCUUGUUGAGUUCUAAAGAACAUCAAACAUGGUUCUGCCAAUGUCCUCUUUAACUUAAGAUGGGUAUUUUCUUCUAGGUGGUUCUGAACUUCAUUGAUUUUGACCUGCAAGAUUGCUCAGAUUGUUCCUGUGACUCUCUGACUAUAAUUGAUGGUACCGGCCCAACUUCCCCAGUCCUGGGCAAAUACUGCAGCACUACUGCACCCGAUUCUUUGAAAUCUUCUGGAAAUGUGAUGAUAUUGAAAUUUCACAGUGAUAGCAAGACAAGUUCUUAUGGUUUCUAUCUCUCAUAUUCUUUGGGUAAGGAUCAACAAUGA